AUGAGAUUUUUUAUUCCUGCUUCACUUUUGACUUUAUCAUCAGGUGCCUUGGCUGCCAUUAGACCAGUCCAAUUCUUUGCUACUUCAGACAACGAAGAAGUUAACGGAAAAGGUUUGUACUCAACUCACGAAGGUGCUGGUAUCAACUACUUCUUCUUGGGUGCUGGUCAAACUUUACAAUACAAUGAUGAAGCCAGAGUUGUUUACAUUGAAUUGAACUCACAACCACCAGCUAAACAAUACCUUGCUUUCACUGGCGAUGUUUUGUCAUUGACUGUUGCUGAACAACCAUUGCCAGUUGACAUUGCUGAGGAUGGUUCAGUAACCUUCCCAGGCUCAGAUGCUCUUGCUGCUGCCAAGAACAUCAACGACCCAUACAGAUACUCUGAAUCUGUCUUUGCUGUUGUCAAAGCUGGUGGUGAAGGCUCAAUCCCAUUAACCGUUAGUGCUAAGUUUGGCGAUGUUGAAGAAGAAGAAAAGCCAAGCUCAACUGAAGAAGCUCCAGAGUCCACUGAUGUUUCAUACGCAAACAAGACCGUUACUGUGUUUACCACUUACUGUCCAGAACCAACCACCUUGACUUUGACCGUGUGUGAAACUGUUUGUGAAGAAACCAAGGUUACCGUUUCUGAAGCUGGUGAAGUUACUGUUGAAAAUGUCAAGUCAGAAGCUCCUGUUGAAACUACUGAAGCCCCAGCUGAAACCACUGAAGCCCCAACUGUGGAAGAGUCCCAAAGUGUUGCUGCCCCAGCUGUUACUAAAGAGCCAGAAGUUACUUCCUACGAAGGUUCUGCCGCUGCUGUCGGUGGUGCUGGUUUGGCUGCCAUCGCUUUUGCCGCUGCUGGUUUAGUCUUCUAA